UGUCCGGGUCAAUAUCCCCCUACCUUUAAUGAAUAAUAGGAAUGGUGAAGAGGAAAUGAAUUAUUUUGUGAUUUUGUCCUAGUGGCCGGUUUAAGUUUUAUUAGGCGUUAUGAAGAUUUAAAUAUGCUGGUUUAUUCAGAAUGGAUCCGAACGGAAAUGGAAAGAGAGGUUUGCACAGGUUUAAGGAAAUCAUUAGACGUCAACGCCAAGAUUCGGAUGGAGGAGGAACUGAUUCCCCAGAUCUUGAUUUCGUCUAUGACGAUACCGAUUCUCACAUCAAUGAAAUCACCGAGUUGUACAGCUACACCGAACAGCCCGAGCUGCAGCUCAAUGUCAAGGCAUUUGAAGACCAAAUGGAGUUGUACAACUUGCCACCCAGCUGGCAAAGGUUGUCAAUUAAUAAGAGAAAAUCGGUAGUCAUGAAACUUCUUGAUCAGUUAGAAGUCAGCAGUAAACCUCUGAGAAUGAGAAGUGCAAGGUGCAUUUUAUAUAUUGCUCAAGGUUGCUGGGCUGAAAUGCAGUCCGAUACUGAACAACAGGAAUGGGCAAGGAAUAAUUCCAUGUUGUUGUAUCAGUUAGGCGUGUUCAAUGCGUUUACCGAUCUUCUCAACAUUGAAUUUGAGAACAGUACUGCUGCCCACGUUGCAAUGAGGAAAAUAGCUGUCUCAUUGGCAGAUUCACAAGAUUUAAGAGUAAUUCUGUCCGUUUUGUACACAAUUACAGAAGUCAUACGAAACGAAAAGUACUCGGAGUCUAGUGAAUACGAGAGCAAUGUUAAUGGUUUUUGCCAUGAAAUUGCAAAUUCAAGCGGUGAUGAUUUGCUGAUAGUGAAACUGUUGAGUAUGGUGACACGAUUUUGCAGUGGUUCCGCCCCACAUUUUCCCAUGAAGAAGGUGCUUUUGUUGCUGUGGAAAUUGAUUUUAGUCUCACUAGGAGGCAUGACUGAAUUGAAGGAACUGAAAAUGGAUAAAAGGAAAAAAGCCGGGCUGCCACCGCAAGAUGAGGAUACCAUGGAAAUAGCCAAGACGAUGCGAUCGUCUUCUCCUCCAGCUAGUGCAUCGGAUCUUCUUGAAGCGCAGAACCAGAAAAGAACCGCAAGACCUUUCAGGAGAAGUUUGAUAAAGCAAAGUAGUUUAGACGAUCAUGAAUCUCUAGUAGGCAUGGAAUUGGAUACUGCGUUAACAGGUGACAAUGGAGACGAAUUAAAUGAACUCUCCGAAUUCGAUGAACGCCGUCCUGCAAAUGAGAACAGUGAUCAAAUGUAUCACAAUAAUAUUGAUAGUUACAGGCCUACGUCGCCACCUUCUCAGAGCACUUUAAUUAUUCCUAGAGGGUUGCCUUGGAAGCCGAAAGUCCGACAGAAGGAUAUCGAUCUGUUUUUAGAUGGGGCAAGAUUGAAAUUUUUAGGGUAUAGUUUACCAGGUGAUCGGACUACAUUGUUCGGACUGCCGGAACCUAUUCACGAGGGAGUUCGAACGUUGAAAGAGCAUAUUUACACCUCAUUGGCGGAGCUGCAAAUUCAGAAAGAAGAGGAGAUAGCAAGAAAUCCAAUAUCUACAAGUGAAGGAGAAAUUGAAAUGACGCCUACUGAGAUUUUAUAUCAAGCAAUGUUGCCUAAUUUGCCUCAGUAUAUGAUCGCUUUAUUGAAAAUAUUACUCGCCGCUGCUCCUACCUCAAAAGCUAAAACAGAUUCAAUAAAUAUAAUGGCAGACGUCCUUCCCGAAGAAAUGCCAAUGACUGUUUUGCAAUCGAUGAAAUUAGGAAUUGACGUCAACAGGCACAAGGAAAUCAUUGUGAAAGCUGUGUCGGCGAUUCUGUUGCUGCUGUUGAAGCACUUCAAAUUAAAUCACGUGUACCAGUUUGAAUUUAUGUCGCAGCAUUUGGUUUUUGCUAAUUGUAUUCCGUUGGUUUUGAAGUUUUUCAAUCAAACCAUCAUGGCCUACGUUGGAGCUAAAAAUGUGAUUCCUAUUCUGGACUUCCCUUCAUGCGUAAUCGGAGACCAACCGGAACUCACUACAGAGACCUUAGAAAUAGGAGAUUCUGCUGCCUUUUCGUGGAGGAACAUGUUCUCGUGCAUUAAUUUACUUCGAAUAUUAAACAAACUAACCAAAUGGAAGCAUUCCAGAAUUAUGAUGCUGGUCGUUUUCAAAUCUGCGCCAAUUCUGAAGCGAACUCUAAAAGUUCGGAAUGCCAUGACGCAACUGUACGUGUUGAAAUUGUUAAAGAUGCAAACAAAGUAUUUGGGACGACAGUGGAGGAAAUCCAAUAUGAAAACUAUAAGUGCUAUUUAUCAAAAAGUCAGGCAUCGGCUGAACGACGAUUGGGCUUAUGGAAAUGAUUUGGAUGCGAGACCUUGGGACUUCCAAGCCGAAGAAUGUGCACUUAGAGCGUCCGUCGAUAGAUUUAAUAAUCGUAGAUACACUCAACUUAACGAUAAUGAGUUUGAGCCAGUGGAUAAUUGCAUAAAUAGUGUGCUGGGGACAAAUCAUGACCUAUCUGAAAGCUUUAAAAAACACUACAACUUAUGGUUAGAGCAAGAGGUAUUCAGCACUGCGAUAGAGUGGGAUAACCUAUUAGUAAACGAAAAAUUGUAAUUAUUUUCAUUUGACUCGGAUUAUGUGCAAUAAAAUUCCAGAGUAGUUAUUCUGUACAGCUCUGAAAUAUACAACUUCAGUAUCUGUAGCAGGUUUUUUAUUGCAUAUAAUUGGUCUUCUUGAGUUUGAAAAAAAUAUCUUUAUUUAACCACGUUUCCUUGCUGUUGAUUUUCCAGACAAUAAUUAUCAAUAUAAUGGAUUUAAAAAUUGCACACCGUAGACUUGAAUUAAUAAUAAAGUUGACUAGGAAAAUUUAUGUAUAAAAAUUAUAGUUAGAAGUGCUUACGAGUCUGUUAUAUUGGUAUAUUUUUAGAAUUUACUAUCGUCGCCAUUAUUAUUACCAAGAGGCCUGAAAAAAUUUCAUUAACGUUUAACUUUUAUUGAGAUGAGUAUGAUCGAAAUGUUCCUAACGUUAAAAAAAGGUCUGUAUUACUUUUUUACGUAUUCUUUGUGAUUUUUUUUUAAUUAUGCAAGGGAUGCUUCUGGCGGCUUGGAAUGAUUACAUUGCCACCGUUCUGCUCUAUUUUACCUUUAUACAAUGUUCACUAGUUGCCUAUUAUAACAAUUUUCUUAGAUCUUGUAUUAAAAUUGGGGUGUUCGCCGUGAAAUAUGGUUUAACUAAAAAAAUUUGCAAUAAAAUGUUCUUUUGCAUAUGAACAAAACUACCUCAAUUAAGUAUUCACUUUUCUAAGAAUUUUGUAAAGAAAAAAUCUGAACUACCACACCUUUUCCCUGUGUCGUGACUUUACGUUCGAUACUUACUUUUAAAUCAAAAUUGAGAGUGGUGAAAAAAAUUUAUAUGAAUAUAUUAACUUAACCACAUUCAAUUUUAUCGGCUUUACUAAAUUUAUUUUAAGCUUAUAUACAAUUUUAUACUUUAAUGUAAACUGUUGCCUGUAGAUAUGUACAUUUUUUUUUCCAAUAUACUUUUGAAAUUCC